AUGGGGAGGAAGCCUAGCUCUUCGAAUGAGGGGAUGAUCAAUAGAGGAGCAUGGACUCCUCAAGAAGACAAGGUGCUUGUUUCCUACAUAUCGACUUACGGGGUGGGCAAAUGGGAGUCUCUCCCCAAACGAGCCGGGCUUAAGCGUUCCGGGAAGAGCUGCAGACUCCGAUGGCUCAACUACCUGCGGCCGGACAUCAAGAGGGGGAACAUCUCCGACGACGAGGAGGCCUUGAUCAUCAGACUCCACAAGCUACUUGGAAACAGGUGGUCUCUGAUUGCAAGGCGAUUGCCCGGGCGAACCGACAACGAGAUCAAGAACUACUGGAACACGACCUUGGUGAAGAAGCUACAAGGUGAACUGCCUCAAUUCAACAAGCUGUAUCGCACAAUUUCAACUGGAACCGAAUCAAAUUCUAGCGGCACAGCGACCAAGUCAAUACUACAAGGAAAGGCCACUGUUGCAUCUCUGCCGACUGAUGCUGACUCCAACACGGCUCGAGCCUUUUGUGGUCUGGAUGCUCCUCUGAUGCUGCCAUUGUUGGCCGUCCCAGAAGGCUACUCUGGUUCUGCCAUGGACAUGCUUGCAGUGUCAUGGCCUUUGGAUUCAGGUGCUUGGGAAGAGCCAAACAUCGUCGGCAUUGAGAUCGAAGAGUUUGGAUACGGAUCGCAGAGAGGUGACGGCAUCAAGAACUGUCAGGAUCUUGAAGACAUGAUGGCUAGUGAAGGAGCAACAAACGGCACUUGGGAGGAAAAUGAUGAUCUUCCCAGCUUCUGCUUAGUGUCGUAG